GAACCGCGGCCCAACGGCGAACCGGAACGGAACUCACGCGGCGACAAAAAGUUCUUCAGUGAUUUAGAAGAGAAUCUAGCGCGAGCGCUUUAAUGAUAGCGAUAGAGAUUUCCGUGCGUCGUGUAAUAUCGUGCAUGUAGGAAUUAGUGAUUAGGUGGUGUGAAAUUACAUUACAAGGCAUAAAUUGUAUUAAAGAACAAAAUGGAACUCGAGUGGGUACUUUUCGCCCUCUUGGUCACUGUUACCGCUGGAUUUGAUCUUGGCCCGUCGAUGAGAAUCGCUCAGUGCAGAUCUCUGUGUCUUCGGCGUCAUCAGGAAGCCAAAGAAUGCAAGGAUACUUCGAAUUGUUACAUGUGCUGGGAGGCCUGUGGCUUUCUGGAAAACAACUGGAGUAUUUGGGGAUCCGUCUGCCAAGUUGACGAGGAAAUUUGUUUAUCCGGGUGUAAAACGGCCUGCGCCUACCACGGAACGAGAGUCGAAGAGGAAUUCCUGCCCUCAACAUUGCCGGCGCCGAUGGCCGGGCCGGCGUACCUGGAGGCGUACGACGUGGCAAUAGUAUUCAGGAAGAUCGAGGCGGAGUGGAAAGAGAUGGAUCAGGUCCCCGGGGGAGGAACCAUGACGGUGAACGAGACUACGUGGGUCGUGGUCGUGGCUGAAAACGGGGUGCGGCAGUACAGCGGGGAAUUCUGGAAGCCGACCCUGGAGAGUUUGAGGGAGGGCGCCCUCUUCGAGGCGAGUCUGAGCUGGAGCGGGAGUACCGUCGAGGACAACGAGAACGGCGAAAUCGGAAACCCGAACUCCGCGAUGCAGGCAAUCGACUUCGAGAACGACGAGGUCCUGCGGAACGCCUUGAGCUCGACGCGGAAUUUCGAGCCCCGUGAUUCUGCUGCCGCGGACAGGAUCAGACUCUACUUCGCGCCCGGGGCGAGAAGCUACUUCGACGAACAGAACGCCAGGAUCCUUGCCGACGUCGGCGUUCAGAGUGAAGAGGAACGACCUGAGAUUUACGGCGAGGAGCCAAGCCUGAUGGAAACUACGUCGAAGAAUAGCGUGGAGAAGGGAACCGGUGAAGCCUCGUACAUCGUCUCCUGGGAACCGGAAGCCGGCGGGCUGAUGGGCAACCAGGUCGCCGACGCCAAGUCUACCCAGAUAUCUCUUCUUCCUGGAACCAAGUACCUCGUCCGAGUUGCGUCCAACGACGGGCCCGGCAGCUUCGCCCUUGAGAUCGACACGACUAUCAAAUCCGUUCAGUUCGCUCCCCUGGAGGCAGCACACUCGAGUGUUCAGCCCUUGGCAAUUUUGGCCGGAUGUGCCAGCGCCCUGAGCUUCGUCACGGUUGUUGUUCUCCUCAAGGUUUGCAGGAGAACGCCGGUAGACGAUAAGCUGGACUAUGUGUGAGGAGAGAUGUGCGAGGUGCCACCAAAAUCGUUAAUCUACCGAGAAGAAAUGGUAUAACGUUGCAGGUUGCGCAUCCGACUGCGCAUGCGCGAGCUUCGUCGUCUUCUCAUACAGGCUGGCCACCACAAGCUUCAGCUCUCAAACCCGGCUUACGGAGGUUAUGUAGGCAAUGCGAUUCCAGGCUAAGCAGGUCUCACAUAGUCGACGCAGUCAACCGGGAAGGCUUGGCAAACUUUCAUUGUCAACUGACUUAUGACUGAUGACUGAUAACUGCUACAAGUCAGCGUAUCAACAUAAUUUCAGUGCGCUACUUGAUGCGAGUGAGUUUUUUAAAGUUGGCUACCCUGACUUGCAGACGAAAAUAUUUCCGCGGUGCGAUCUCGCCGAUCGCUAAAGUUCAAUGAUUUUAUACCUGCGCUAAGUUUCACCGUUCUCUUGCGGUAAAGUUGUACAUAUUAAUACUGUGUUUAUAGAUUUCAAGUUUUAUGUAACGAAAAAUUAGUUACAUGGCGAUAAUUGCUCAAAUUAUGUAAUGCAGAGACUGUGC